AUGUUCUCAGAACAAUUCCCAACAAAUGGACGAAACUAUAAACUUCAUAGAAAUUCUAACCUCAAUGCGACAACAAUUCCUGUCUCUUAUUUUGAUAAUACUCCUAAAAGUAAUAUUAGUAGCAAUCGAAGUAGCUUCAACGAUCGUUAUCGCGGCUCAAAUUUAACAACCUUACCUAUCCCAGAAUCAAGAAAAGCAUCAAAUUCUUCAAGAAUAAGUAAUAGUAAUCAGUUGAAUGGUAUUGAUGAAGCACAGCGACUGGCUGCUGAAACAUAUGAAAAGCUGUCACAGAUAGAACGUAAAACAAAGUCAACACGUAAAUUUAAUUGUAUUCGAAAUGGUGAGCAUUUGCUACGCGGCAGUUGUAGAAAUAAUAAAGUCAGUCCAGUUGAAAAUAUGACUCAUGUAACAAAUCGUGGUGAAUUGCUUGAUAAUCCAAAUAUUAUAUUCAAUUAUGUGGCAUCAAAUGAAAUUGCUAAACUGGUCGAAAUUUUAUCAUAUAAUCCAUCUGUUCUAAAUCAGCACGAUUCAAGUCAACGCACUCUGUUACAUUAUGCUGCAAUGAAAGGUCAUUUGAAUUGUGCAAAAGUACUCAUGACGCAUAAAGCCAAAGUAAAUGAACCAGAUGAAAGCGGUAAUUUGCCACUACAUUUAGCUGUUAAAGAAGGACACCUGUCAAUGGUGCGUUAUUUGCUUAGUGUUGACGCUGAUCCUACAAUACCGAAUAAAGAUGGUCUUUUACCAAUCCACAUAUCAUGUGAAAAAAAUCAUGUGGAAAUAUUAAAGGUAUUGUUGGAAUUAGAUAUUGUCGAUGUGAAUGCAGAAGGUGAACGAGGAGCCUCUCCAUUGCACUACUGUUGUAUUCGUGACAGUGUUGAAUGUAUGCAGUUACUUUUGAACAAAGGAGCAAAUAUAUUUGCCCGAGAUCUCGAAUCAACCUAUCCUGUACACGUUGCUAUUGCUAAUGUCAGUCGCAAGUGUUUAAACGCUUUAUUUCAAAUGGAGGAAAAGUUGAACAAAGAGAAAGAACUUAUGAAUACAACGACGAAACAAUCAUCCAAUCUGAGCAGUAGUCAUAAUAAUAAUAACAACAACUUUUAUUAUACUUGUUCACCCCUACCAGAUAGACAUCGAAGUACAUCGUCAUUGUCAGUUAAUAAUGCUAUACAGACAGUAGAUAUUGAAAGUCAAUUAAACAGUCAUAAAUCAAAUGAUGGUCAACAGUAUGAAUGUUUUCAUUUAAUUGACUUAAUCGAUUGUGAAGGUGAGACUCCAUUGCAUACAGCAGUGACAUCGGGGAAUUCAGAUAUGGUAAAAUUUUGUUUAGAAAAGAAUGCCUUCAUUUUGGCUAAACAAAACGACAAUUCAACACCGAUACACUAUGCAUGUAUGAAAGAUGAUCUAGAAUGUGUUCAAUUAAUGUUUGAAGCAGACCCGUCAAUUAGAUCCACGGUAUUAGAAAUGCCAGAUAAAAAUGGUUAUACACCGCUUCACUUAGCUGCUGUUUACAAUCAUGAAAAACUUGUCAGUUAUUUAGUUGAACAGGGAUCACCGUUAGAAAUGACUGAAACAAAUGGUUGGACACCAUUAUUACUGGCUGCAAUGAAAGGUGCAUUUCAAACAUGUAUUCAGCUACUUCGUCUUGGGGCAAAUCCAAAUGCACAUGAUUCAAGUAAUCGUAAUUUAGUCCAUUUGUUAAUGUUAUUCCGUGGUCCAGGAAUUAGAACUGUCCUGCCGGAAGUAAAUGAUGAAGAAUUAUUCAAACGACUAGUUAAUGAAAAAGACAAGUAUGGUUCAACUCCACUGCAUUAUUCCACAAAAAUGGGUAAUUUAGGCGCAACUACAGAGUUUGUUCUACGUGGAGCUUCAGCACUAGAACGUGAUAAUGAACGUAACACCCCACUGCAUACAGCAGCGUAUUUUGGUCGGUUGCAUACAUGUGAAAAGUUGUUGGCUACGCCGCAUGGAAUGCGUGCAAUGAAUUGUCCUGAUGCUGUGGGACGUCUACCAUUGCAUGUGGCAGUAGAACGUGGACAUUUAGAAAUUGUCAAGUUAUUUCUUAAUCGUGGUUGUCUUUUUCGAAAAUGUCAUAUAGGUAAUACACCUUUGCAUUAUGUAUCAAUUGGUGGGUGUUUAAAAACUUGCAAAUUGUUAUUACAAACAAGCCCAUCUUUGUUGAAUCAAACCAAUUUUCAUGGAAUGACAGCCUUGCAUUACUCCGCUAAAGAGAAUAAUGCUGAAAUCCUCGAUUAUUUGCUGACAUCGAAGGCAAAAUUUCUACCAGAUAAAGAUGGUAACUAUUUUGUCACUUAUGCUUUACAAAGAAGAAAUUACGAAACAAUGAAAGCAAUUGUUGCACAUUCACGUUGGCCAGAACUCCAUGGAAUGUUAGACAAUACAUCACAGUGCCCAGUGGAUGGAUUCAUACGAGAUAUGCCAUCUAUGUGUGGAAUUGUUUUAGAUCAGUGUAUCAAAGAGAUUGGAUCGAAAAACACCCUAGAUCAUGAGAUAAUUUAUGACUUCAGCAUACUCCAGAGACCAAUGAAACCACGUGAAAAACCACCUGACAAUCCAAUGAAACGUAUAAAGUUGAUGGUCGAAUUGAAACGUGAAGAAUUACUAAUUCAUCCACUUUGUACGGCGUAUUUGGAAAGAAAAUGGCAGAUUUAUGGACGUUGGGUACAAUUAUGCGUAAGCAUUUACUAUGCUGUCCUGUUGGUCGCAAUCACCUGUUUGGUGUUGGGACAUAAUCCUGUACAUCACGUGGAUGAUACAAACAAGAUUAACAUUUGCUCUGAUUUAUUUUAUGAAUCACCGACAAGAAUGUACCUGUUUUCAACAGUUGCUUCAAUUAUCCUUGUUCUUACAGCUUUGGAUUUAAAUAUCAAACUAUGGCAGUUGUAUUCUCAGAAAUGGGAAUAUUUCAGAGAUUGGAAUAAUUAUUUAGAAUUCCUGCUGAAUGCUUUAGCUAUGACGUACUCGGCACUAACGCUGAAGAAUCAUGUAGAUCAUUAUUAUGUUGCAUUGGGAGUGGUUGUCAUGUUCCUCGCAUGGUUUAAUUUCCUACUACAAAUGAUGAGAUUUAAGCAUAUUGGUAUAUUUGUCGUUAUGUUUCUGCAUGUGUUUGCAACUGUCGGCAAGUGUUUAGUCGUCUUCUCCGUAGUGUUUGUAGCCUUUGCACUGUCAUUUCAUGUACUUUUUCGUGCUCCGAACUAUUCGGAAAAUAAAACUUCCAUUGAAUUCAAAGAUUCAAUUAUCAAUGAAUGCUUUUCAAUAUUCAAUGAUAUUUCAAGCAGUAAUCAAACAGAUCCGUCAAUCUCAUUAGAAUUACAACCAUUCCAGUAUUUGGGUUUAUCGUUAUUUAAAACCUUGAUGAUGAUGUUAGGUGAAUAUGAGCACACGGCGACUGUGAUACAACCGUUAACUGGUAAAACUUCCUUGAAAUUACACUAUCCGAUAAUCACAUUUGUUUUUUAUACAACAUUUGUAUUUCUGGUCCCGAUUAUACUUAUGAAUUUAUUGAUUGGUUUAGCUGUUGGCGAUAUUGAAAAUGUUAGACGAAGUGCUGUUCAACGGUUAAUCUCACAACAAGUUUAUUGGUUAGCUGAUUUAGAGCCAAAGUUGACAGGGAUAUUUCGUUCCAGACUGUAUCAACCACACUGGAAGAAAAUAUCAAAGGUGAAUAAGAAUACAGCAUUCUUAGACAAAGUGAAUAAUACAAUUGAGACAAAUGAUGAGAAUUCAAUGCAAAAGAGUCUUGAACAAACAAUUCAAAAGAUUAUAUCGAUUGAUAAGGAAACGAAACUACAAACUACACGAAUGGCUGCUAUUAUUGAGAAAUUAGAAAUUAGAACUAAAGAAUUCAGUGUUGACGAAGGAGCUUACCCCGGGCGUACUCCUGGAUGUGAUGCAGCUGCAGAUUUAGACUAUGGAGUAUUUUAA